UCCCGCCGCUGCUGAGACGCUCAGGAAGGUUGUUAGGAAGCUCAAAUCGGGGAGCAUCUGUAGAGCCCUCUGCAAACCUUAAAAAGCGUUAAAGGUUUGAAACAUGAAUUUGUAUGUGUGUUUAGCUUGCUUGUGCUUGGGGAUAGUAGCUGCACAACAAGUUGUUCCACAACUUGACCGGACUUUAGAUGCUAAAUGGCACCAAUGGAAGUCAAAACAUAGAAGGACCUAUGGAGCGAAUGAAGAUAAUUGGAGGAGAGCAACAUGGGAGAAGAAUAUGAGAAUGAUUGAAAUGCACAAUCGACAGUACAGCGCUGGCAAGCAUAGUUUCCAGUUGGAAAUGAACAAGUUUGGCGAUAUGACCAGUGAUGAAUUCAGGCAGGUGAUGAAUGGUUUUAGACAAAACAGAUUUCAAAGGAAUAAAGGAACUCUGUUUCGUGAACCUCUCCUUGUACAGACGCCCGAAUCUGUAGACUGGAGAGAAAAAGGCUAUGUAACUCCUGUUAAGAAUCAGGGUCAUUGUGGUUCUUGCUGGGCAUUUAGUGCAACUGGUUCCCUGGAAGGCCAGUGGUUCCAUAAAACACGCAAACUUGUUUCACUUAGUGAACAGAAUUUGGUUGACUGCUCUAAGGAUUAUGGCAACGAAGGCUGUAAUGGUGGUUUAAUGGAUAAUGCCUUUCAAUAUGUGAAGAAAAAUGGAGGCAUUGAUACAGAGCAAUCAUAUCCCUAUCAGGGAACGGUAAAUAUAGUUAUUAUAUUCCCUAUCAUUUGGGUUUAACUAUAUUUGAAAGGAGAGU